UGGCACGCUCUUGCUAAGCUGCGCAUGCACACAGACGAAACCCUUAUUUUACUUGACACCGUCACUGUGAAACUUGGAAAAGAGCUUCGUCAAUUCCAGAAGGGCACCUGUACAGCCUUCAACACUCAAGAGUUAAGGCGAGAAGCAGAGCGUCGCCAGCGCCAGAAAUCACGAAGCCAUGUUGGUGAGGCAGUAGCAACAACAUCAACUCAUCAAACAACUCGGCGACCGAAGACUUUUAAUCUACAAACGUACAAGUUACAUGCCCUCGGGGAUUAUUCAACAUGCAUACGCAACUUUGGCACAACUGACUCAUAUAGUACUGAACCGGGAGAGCUAGAGCAUCGUACCUCAAAAGCAAGAUAUCAUCGAACAGACCGAAAAGAAUAUGUGGAACAAAUUACCCGCAUUGAACGACGUCAGGCCCGUAUACACCACAUUCGCGACGAGCUAUCACCACACAGUGUGUUGGAUGAAGAAAUUGCGACAUCGCCUGAAGCUCAUUUCCACGUUGGGAAAUCUCAAAAUAACCCAGAAAACAUUCUGCUGUUCGUCCAGAGGAACUUGGAAGAUCCUGCUGUGAUAGACUUUUUACCUAAACUUCAGCGCUUUCUCUUGUUCAAAAUCAAGGAGAUCUUAAAUGCGGAAAAUAGUCUUUCAGAUCGUAACAGUUCCACCUCUGUCCCAGGAACCACCCCAGCAUUCUCAGACUCGGAAGGCCAUGUCUUUAUUAAGGCCGAUUGCAUGUACAGACACAACCUGAUGCAUCUCAACCAUACAACGUAUGAUGUCCGCCGAGCACAGGAUGUCAUAAAUCCAUCAACCCCGCAUUGCAAUGUCAUGCUCCUAGGCCAAGCCAGCAACACGACCAACCCCGAUUCUGACGAUCAACUCGAAAGACACCCAUAUAUCUAUGCUCGUGUGCUUGGCAUCUAUCAUGUCAAUGCCACAUAUAUUGGUCCCGGCAUGAUCGACUAUCGCUCAUAUCGAAUUGACUUCCUGUGGGUGCGCUGGUAUCAAUACAUGGGCCAUUGCUCGAGCAGGUGCUCAUCUUUGGACCGUGUUUGCUUCCCUCCUAUGGCAGAACCAGAUGCAUUUGGUUUUGUCGAUCCUAAUGACGUUCUUCGGGGCUGCCAUCUUAUUCCACAGUUCUCGCAAGGCCUGCGGCACUCAGAUGGCAAGGGUAUUUCUAAUUGUUCGCAGGAUAAACUGGACUGGAAAUUUUAUUAUAUCAAUUGUUUCAUAGACCGUGAUAUGUUCAUGUGGUAUCACUGGGGGUUAGGAGUUGGGCACAUAUACACUCGUACUAAUCAAGAAAACGUUGACACAGCUGCCAGUGUGAACGAGGAAGGUUUCGAGGAUUUCGAAGAAGAGGAAGUAACUUCUUUGCAAGACUGUGACAUGGAUGUUGAAGUGUCUGACUCAGACUCAGGGUCUGACUCAGAUAAUGAUUCGGAGGACUUGGAGCCUUGUCUGAACUACGAUGAGUACGAUACUCUUGACUACGAGAACUAG